AUGGACGGUGGCCGCGAUGUCCAAGGGCUAAGAGCUAGUAAGGUGAUUCUUCUUGGACUCGAAACCAUCGCCAGAAUUCACAAUAUCAAACCUCCGUUCUUGAGAGCAUGGGUUGUCACACACUGGGAUAAGGACCACUUUCAGGGGUUCCUUGAUCUCCUCAAUGCAAAAGAGCUAGAUCGUUUUGUAAUUAAGAAAAACUUCCUGUUGUAUUGUGCCACCAACGCAGCGGCUAUCAAACGGGCUUUCAAAAAAUCCGAAAUUACACCAAACGUCACAAGUGGUGUUGAGGCCUUAGGGUAUGACUUCUUUGGUCAAGACUCGAAAAAAGUCGACGCUGGGUUCUGGUGUGUUGGUGGCGAUGGGUACAGCUACAUCAAGGGCUUCAAGAUACCCCCAGAACCCCAGAACAUAGAGAAUAUAUACAACAACCUCGUUCGGGUAUCCAAGAAGGGUCUCCCACGCCAAACGAGCAGUCACUCAUGGCGGCGAUCAUAUGGCCCAAAGGAGGCGACAGUAAACCUCGACUCUCUUACUUCUCCGCAGGUGACGGGAACUUCUGCCUCGAGCGGGACAAUAUUUGCCCGCAAGUGUUCCAAAAGCAGCCAGUCAAAGCUUUCAAGUUGGAUCACCACGGCUCAUCUGGCGAGUUCUCGUGGUGAGAUUUUGGAAGGGAUGGAUCUGCCUCAGCGAUUGAUCGUGACACCUGGGCAUCAGUAUGGGCACCCUUGCUGGGACGUUUUAUUCCAGAUCAGGAAAAUGUACACACUCUAA